AUGCUGAAGGUCCUCACCUUCACCCAUCAACCACCAUUCCACCUACUCUCUAAGUUGACCCUCUCCGAAAAAGAGCAUCAACAGUUUGGCGCCGUUUGUGGGAAUCGAUACAAGAAGCUUCUGUCAUUCUUCCCUUCCUUUAGUGCCCUUCGGCACCCUUUCCAUCAUCAUAUUUUAGCUUAUCAUUCAGCACCAUACGUGCCGAAGCCAACAUGGGAUCUCAAGGCACCAAUAUGCCGAAGACAUGUAUUUGCUGAAGCAACCCACCUUUCAGAUACUUUGAGGAAUUUCAGUUUGAAGGCUGCCGAAUAUUCCAAUUCACCUAGAAUAUCAUUUUGCAUGGCUUGCAUAGCCAGGGACAAGCCACCAUUUCAAUCCAGAAGGAAGCCCACGUCUCAAUUUCAAGAAAACACAUUGACAACCAAUUUGGAGGUUGCUGAAUUCCUUGCUGUCACUUUGCAUGGCCAAGGAGCGAACCAUUGGAGCACUUUGCAUGGCCAAGGAGCAAACCAUUGCUCCAAUAUGAAGGCUACCAACGUGCACUUUAUCAUAAGCUAUUAA